AAACUUUGUUGGACUCUCUCUCUCUCUCUCUCUCCCUCUCCCCGGACGCCUCUGUUACAAAAUCUAUAAUUUAAUCUCGGCGAGGAGAGAGCGGGCCGACUCGGAGACUCGCUGACUCACUGCGCAUUUCCCCGAACCCCCUUCUUCUUCUUCUUCUUCUCUAAUCUCUCUCUUUCUCUGUCACUGAUUGAAUAUCGAGCACAAAAAGCUACCUGGGUCUUGGAGAUAAUCACAAGGAAAAGUUUCAGUUUCGGUUCUUCCGCCAUGGAUAAUCUCUUCUCUUAGGCGCUCUCGGACUUUAUUUCUUGGCACUGAUUCCGGGAACUUGGAGGUGCAUGAGGGAGUUCUUUCGGUUGUUGAAACGUUCGGAGGUUGAAUUUCCGGUGGAGAUUCUAUCGAAAACAAGUUGUAGUCAUGAAUUUUCAGCAAGAGAAGUUCGUCAGGUUUCAGGACUGGACUGCAGAGAAAAAUGUUGAGCCAUUAUAUUCUCCAGAUGAUGAUAUGCCACCAGGGAAGUUCAGAAGAACGAUUAACUCGGUCUCAGCCAAAUUCCAAAGACGCUUGGAAUCUGGUUCUGAGCGGAUUAAAAAGUCAUGGAAAUCUUAUUCAAUUGACAGUGUUGUCGCCAACAGCUUUGGUGGUAGAAUUCUUGAUCCUCAAGGGCCAUUCCUUCAGAAGUGGAAUAAGAUAUUUGUAUUGGCAUGUAUUUUUGCUGUCUCCCUUGAUCCCUUGUUCUUUUACAUCCCGGUGAUUGAUGAUGAGAACAAGUGCCUUGGUUUGGACAGGAAGAUGGAGAUAACAGCUAGUGUUUUGCGUUCAUUCACAGAUAUAUUUUAUAUUGUUCACAUAAUUUUCCAGUUUCGUACUGGAUUUAUUGCUCCUUCUUCUCGAGUGUUUGGAAGAGGUGUUUUAGUUCAAGAUGCUUGGGCCAUUGCAAGGAGGUAUCUCUCAUCAUACUUCGUAAUUGACAUUCUUGCAGUCCUGCCUCUCCCACAAGUGGUUAUUCUAAUUUUCAUUCCAAGAUUGGCAGGCUCGAGAACGUUGAAUACAAAGAAUUUGUUGAAGUUUGUGGUUUUGUUCCAGUAUUUUCCAAGGUUUAUACGAAUAUAUCCAUUGUAUAGAGAAGUCACAAGGGCAUCUGGUAUACUUACUGAAACUGCUUGGGCAGGAGCUGCAUUUAAUCUUUUUCUUUACAUGCUUGCCAGUCAUGUACUGGGAGCCUUUUGGUACUUGGUCUCUAUAGAACGCGAAACCACGUGCUGGAAAGCAGCAUGUGGGAACAAUGCAACCAUAUGCUUGGGCAAGGAUUUAAACUGUGAUACCGCGAGCUUGAAUACUUCUAGCAAGACCACAUUCUUAAAUUCUUCCUGCCCAAUACAAGAUGAAGACAAAUUAAAGUUCGAUUUUGGAAUAUUCCUUGAUGCCCUUCAAUCUGGUAUUGUUGAGUCAAGCACAGAUUUUCCUCAGAAAUUCUUUUACUGCUUUUGGUGGGGCCUACGGAAUUUGAGUUCACUUGGUCAGAACCUUGCAACCAGUACAUAUGUAUGGGAAAUCUGCUUUGCAAUCUCCAUUUCCAUUGCUGGAUUGGUGCUAUUUUCAUUUCUCAUCGGAAAUAUGCAGACAUAUUUGCAGUCUACAACCACGAGAUUGGAGGAAAUGAGAGUGAAAAGGAGAGAUGCAGAACAAUGGAUGUCCCACCGCUUGCUACCCGAUAAUUUGAGAGAGCGCAUCAGGCGGUACGAACAAUAUAAAUGGCAAGAAACCAGAGGCGUUGAUGAACAGAAUUUGAUAUGUAAUCUUCCGAAGGAUCUUAGAAGGGACAUAAAGCGCCAUCUCUGUUUGGCUCUGCUUAUGAGAGUGCCAAUGUUCGAGAAAAUGGAUGACCAACUGCUCGAUGCAAUGUGUGACUGUCUCAAGCCGGUACUAUAUACAGAGGCGAGCUAUAUCGUUCGGGAGGGAGACCCAGUCGACGAAAUGCUCUUUAUUAUGCGGGGCAGGCUAUUGACUAUGACCACAAAUGGUGGAAGAACCGGUUUCUUCAACUCAGAGUAUCUCAAGGCCGGUGACUUUUGUGGCGAAGAACUUUUGACAUGGGCUCUUGAUCCCCACCCAUCAGCUAAUCUUCCCAUCUCGACCAGAACUGUCCAAGCCCUUAGUGAAGUUGAAGCCUUUGCUUUAAAAGCGGAUGACUUGAAGUUUGUAGCCUCUCAGUUCAGGCGACUCCACAGCAAGCAGCUCCGGCACACAUUCAGGUUCUACUCACAACAGUGGAGGACUUGGGCAGCCACUUUUAUACAAGCAGCGUGGCGCCGCCAUAUGAAGAAGAAGCUAGAAGAGUCUCUGCAGGAAGAGGAGAAUAGGCUGCAAGAUGCAUUGGCCAAGGCCGAGGCCAGCUCCCCAAGUCUAGGCGCCACCAUUUAUGCCUCCCGUUUUGCUGCUAAUAUACUGCGUACUUUACGGCGCAGUGGUACACGGAAGGCAAGGGUGCCAGAGAGACUACCGGCCAUGCUACUUCAGAAACCGGCGGAGCCUGAUUUUACUGCUGAAGAACAAUAAUCGUAGGUAUAUGGAGGUUUUGAUUGAGUUAUAUGAUUGCUCGUCUUCUUGUAAAAUGUAAGUGUGAAACGGUUUAACCGAUAAAAACGUAGAAAGGUGCAACUGCAUAAUGGUAGGGAGCCACUUUAUGUUUA